GCUUCAAAGUUGUACAAAGCAACGAUAAUUUGAUCGAGACACUCGCGAUGCUUCUUAAUAAAUAACAAAUUUCAAUAAGGCAAUGAUUAUUUGAUAUACAAUAUUUAUCAGGUGAAACGAGUCUCUGGGUAGGUUGCUUAAUUGUAUUUAUAAAGAAACAAAAAUUUGCAUAAACAUGCGUACCCUAAUUAUAAGAAAACUAGAUUACACCGUGUUGAAUAUUUUACCGCAGACCUGAUUCAUGAAAGGUUAUGUUUAAAAUUAGUAGAUUAGUAUCCCGUGACUCACGCACCUAACUGUAACGUACGAUAACUAUAAAAACAAGCGAACGCUAUAACAAACAGUUCGUACAAAUAAAAUCAUAAUAUUCUAAAUUACAAAUGUAAGAAACCGCUAUAAUUACACCUAAUUAAUUCGUAUAUAAAUAAAUAAUGCAAAUAAUAAACGCAACAGUGCACAAGUGCUUUUUGCUGCCACUGUACACGCCUUUGAUCGAUCGUGUACAUAUUUGCCUGCAUACCACAGCGAACUGAUGCUACGAUAAACAAAGAUCUAGAUGCAAUUAAUUGCUGUCAGGAUACGUGGCUGUAUCGCGUAUUACGAGAUUAAGUAGGAAAGAAAUACGAAGGAGAAAAACACGCCAGUCGACUCGACAGUAUACGGAGAAAAGGAGAGUUGAUUGUACAUUGUACAAGCAUUCUCCGUGCUCGUAGUGAAUCGUAGGAUGUGCGAGACUGGAGGAGAGAGAAAAAGGCGAUUCAAAGUGGGUAGGAGGUGUGCACACCUCUUACGAGUUUACGAGGCCUACGUCGAACUGAACGAACGGACAGUUACCUUUCCGUUUCGAGACCGCGAACAUCUACCUCUCGUUAUCGCCGCGAAUAAAUCGGUGAUUGCUUCUCGAUUCCUCGAGGAGAAUCAUGUGGAUCCUUGCGUUUUUCUACGGGUUUCUAACCACGGCCCAGGCAAUCUCUACCUCCUGGAGUCCGUCGUUCCCAACGCCAACUGCCAGCGCCCUGCACCAAGGCACCGUCGCUAUCUUCGAAAAUGCACACUCUCUUUACGACGCAGCGAGCUCGUCGUUGCUGGCACACCACGAAGAAGACAGAUGUACACUGUAUAAAAUCGCUAUGAAACAGCAACUCUACUUCGAGUACGUUCACUACAAGACGCAGCUGCCGGACAUGAAGGAGUUCACGUUGUGCAUGUGGACCAAAUUCUACAAUCACAGCAGCGACCAUCCUUUGUUUUCGUACGCAGGUGAGAGACACGCCGCCAGUUUCCUUUCCCUUUCACCUUUUCCUUUUUCUUUUUUGCUUCGAAGAGGCCGGACGAGCGAAAAGGCGAAAGUUCCGCCUCGCACUUUUCGUGGAAACUGAAUCACCACUUUCCUUUUGCUAGCAAUAUUCCACACGCUACUGCACCGUCUCAUCUAUCGCUAUCUUCGCUCCGUUCAUCCGAUUGUCUACCUACUUUAACCCUCUGAUCACCGCAACGUCGAUUUUUUGUUUUAAUUAAGCGUAACAAUAAUUAAUCCUUAUCAUCCUUAAGACACUUUCAAUCCUACGUAUCUUUCUCUUUUCUUUGUUGCUCUUCUCUUUCGUGUACGGUAUAUACGUCCUGUUCAAUUGGCAAUUGGAUCGAACGUCUGGAACAAUACGAUCGAUAAAAUACGAGAGAACGCGAGGAAAUUUCAAAAUUUGGGC